UCUGCGGUCUGCACACAUCCGCCAUGGCAAGGCCGCUGCCUUCCUUCUGCCUCCACCGGAUCAAGUCCUGCGGCGGCGCUGCGCCGCCGCCACCGCCGAUACGUGCCAAGGAGCAAGCCUUCUGCGACGGCAAGCGCGACGACGGCAACGCGAAGGACGAGAAGGUGGAGGAGGCUAUGAAGGGCGGCAAUGAUGCCGCCGCCGUGGGGAGGAGGAAGGUGAUGGUGGUGGCCGACGGCGACAGCGAGGAUGCCCGGACGGCGCUGCUGUGGGCGCUAUCGCACGCCGUCCGGCCCUGCGACACGGUUGUCCUCCUCGGCGUCGUCAGGGGAGGCGGCGGCAACUACAAGAACCGAGGUGAUCCAACUCCAAGAGGGUGUCAGCAGCUGGAAGCGAUGAGGACCAUCUGCCAAGCUAAAAGACCAGAGGUGCAUGUGGAGCUUUUGGUGACGGAGGGGAAGGAAAGGGGGCCAGCGAUAGUGGAGGCGGCAAGGAAGCAAGGGGUGUCGCUCCUAGUUGUCGGCCAAAAGAAGCGGUCCGUCACGUGGCGACUGUUGUCAAUGUGGAUGGCCGGAAUGAGGGGCACGGUAGGAGGCACCAGCGCUGCCGACUACUGUGUGCAGCACGCGGCGUGCAUGGCACUGGCCGUCCGGCGCAAGAGCCGGCGAGGGGGAGGCUACCUCAUCACCACCAGGCGUCAGAGGGAUUUCUGGCUCCUAGCUUGACAUCUUUGAGUGUUGUGUUACACAUGCAUUGUGUUGUAGGUGCGACUUUGGAGGUGAUAAAACAGUGGAAUAGUGGCAGAAGAAAGGCACUGAAGUUUAUAGAUAUAGGGAAAAUGCAGUUUGAUUGGUGAUGCUGUCUUGUGUUGCAUCUGUUUUGUUUGUUGCCUGUUUAGACUGACAUGGAAGCGAACAUUGAAUCCAUUGAUGGUUUGCAUUUCUCAAUAAGAAUCAAGCAGCUUCUGGAGUUUCGUGUUGUAAGACCUUUUGAAUGUUUACAAUUCAGAAGUGUUGUUCCAAAACAGAAGAAAAUUAUUAACUGAACAGCUAAGAAACCAUAAUUUGGGUAAAAUGUUGAUGAACAGCUUACAAACUUGUGUAGGCAGGCUCAAAAAGGACAACUGAUGAAAGAAAAGUAAGCAGAGUUUGUCAUAAUACAUCAUGGAAAGAGGAAAGUUGCAGGUGCUACACGGUCAGUAUG